CUGCCUGUUCCUCGGCUGAGGCGGGGGCGAGGUAGCUAUGGCGGCUGUCAGCGACGUGCAGCGGCUACAGGCCCGUGUGGAGGAGCUGGAGCGCUGGGUGUACGGGUCUGGCGGGCCGCGCGGCUCGCGGAAGGUGGCUGAUGGCCUGGUCAAGGUACAAGUGGCUUUGGGGAACAUUGCCAGCAAGAGGGAGAGGGUGAAGAUUCUGUACAAAAAGAUUGAAGACUUGAUCAAAUAUCUGGAUCCUGAGUACAUUGACCGCAUUGCCAUACCUGAUGCCUCUAAGCUGCAGUUUAUCUUAGCAGAGGAGCAGUUUAUCUUAUCCCAGAUUGCACUCCUGGAACAGGUGGAGGCUUUGGUGCCUAUGCUGGACAGCGCUCACAUCAAAGGUACCUCUUUAGAGCAGAGAAUUCAUUUUCAGAAUCUCAGGCAGUUUGGACCUAAGGACACUAGUCCGUUCCUGAGCAUGCCACCCGCCUGCAGCGCUUGGCCCAGAUCCACAUCCAGCAGCAGGACCAGUGUGUGGAGAUCACUGAGGAGUCCAAGGCUCUCCUGGAGGAAUACAACAAAACUACAAUUCUUCUCUCCAAACAAUUUGUGCAGUGGGAUGAGCUACUUUGCCAGCUAGAGGCCGCCAAGCAAGUGAAGCCAGCAGAGGAGUGAUGGUUGCUCCCCAUCCCAGGGUGGGCCAGGACAGCCAGGUUCCAGGGCCCUGUGUUAACCUGCCUUUGUAAUAGGGCAGAGGCAGGUCUGUAUUUAUUGGAUUCACAGCCUACUUGUCUGUAUUCAGGGGCUCUGAGAUCAGAGGUCUGGCUACUUGAGAUUUGCUAUUUGCACCCACUCCCCACAUCAGUGUCCUAUUCCAGUGACAAUAAACUAUAGAAAUCACUGGA